CUGCAACCCAGCCCCGCCAGUUUCCCCAGCCCAGGGACCCAGGUGCCCCGUCUCCUCCACACCAGCGAUCGCAUCGGCUGUCCCAAUCACCCCCGUCUCCCUGGCACCUCCGAGACCUCGUCAAGAUGGCUGUAGAGAAAGCGCUUGCUAUCGGUGGAAACAGAACCUCAGGCUCAGAAGUCCGAUCGCAGAAUGUUUUGGCUGCUGUCGCGAUCGCCAACAUUGUCAAGAGCUCCCUCGGCCCUGUCGGCUUGGACAAGAUGCUCGUCGAUGACAUUGGGGACGUCACGAUUUCCAAUGAUGGAGCAACCAUCUUGAGGCUGCUUGAGGUCGAACACCCUGCCGGGAAGGUCCUUGUGGAACUUGCCCAGCAGCAGGAUAAAGAGGUCGGCGAUGGCACUACAUCUGUGGUCAUCAUCGCCGCCGAGCUUUUGAAACGUGCCUCGGAGCUGACCCGCAACAGGAUCCAUCCGACCACAAUCAUAUCGGGCUACCGCUUGGCUCAAAAAGAGGCUAUCAAGUUUAUUACCGAUCAAAUGGCUGUCAAAGUCGACGCUCUUGGCAAGGACUGCCUGAUCAACAUUGCCAAAACGUCCAUGUCUUCCAAGAUCAUUGGCAGUGACGAUGAAUUCUUCUCCCGCAUGGUUGUUGACGCUAUGUUGGCUGUGAAGACCACCAGUCCAAAGGGAGAAGUCAAGUAUCCAAUCAAAGCCGUCAACAUUCUGAAGGCCCAUGGCAAAUCAACCCGCGAGAGCAUUUUCGUGAAGGGCUACGCUUUGAACUGCACUGUUGCUUCUCAAGCCAUGAAAACGCGUGUCAUCGAUGCAAAAAUCGCCUGCCUCGACAUUAACCUCCAAAAGGCCAGAAUGCACCUCGGUGUCAAUAUUGUAAUUGAUGACCCUGACAAGCUUGAGGACAUUCGUCGCAGGGAAAUCGAAAUUACGACCGAGCGGAUCAAGAAGAUCCUUGCCUCCGGAGCCAACGUCAUUUUGACCACCAAGGGCAUUGACGAUCUUUGCCUCAAGCUCUUUGUCGAAGCCGGAGCUAUGGCCGUGCGUCGCGUGAAAAAGGACGACCUCAAGAGGAUCGCCAAGGCUUCCGGAGCCACGCUUAUUUCUACCCUUGCCAAUCUGGAGGGCGAAGAAACAUUCGAAACCGGAUACCUCGGAUACGCUGAUGAAGUUGUGCAGGAGCGGAUCUCCGAUGACGAAUGCAUUCUCAUCAAGGGCACCAAGGUUCAUAGUGCCGCAUCGAUCAUUCUCCGGGGAGCGAAUGACUAUAUGCUGGAUGAAGUCGAGCGCUCUGUCCACGACAGCCUUUGCGCUAUCAAGCGAACGUUGGAAAGCAACGCGGUUGUCCCAGGUGGAGGAGCUGUCGAAGCCGCCUUGUCCAUCUACCUCGAAAACUUUGCGACCUCCCUGAGCUCGCGCGAACAGCUCGCCAUUGCAGAGUUCGCCCACGCCCUUCUCGUGAUUCCGAAAACCCUUGCCGUAAAUGCCGCCAAAGAUUCCACCGAUUUGAUCGCCCGUCUCCGGGCCUAUCAUAACGCUUCCCAGGCCACUGGCGCCGACGAAGCAAAGCGCAAUCUUCGAUGGUCUGGCCUUGAGUUGAUCAACGGCACUGUUCGUGACAAUAUGAAAGCCGGUGUUUUGGAACCUGCCAUCUCCAAAAUCAAGUCACUCAAGGCUGCCACCGAAGCAGCAAUCGCUCUCCUGCGUAUUGACGACAUGAUCAAGCUCGACCCCCCACAGAAGGAGGAAGAUCCUCAUGGCCAUUAAGGUCACGAGGAUGUAACCAAGGGAUUCCAUCAUAUGGAAGUGGCGAUAUGCGGAGGCGACUCGCCGUGGGUUUACAGAGCUUUCAGGGAGGAUGAAUGUUUGUCAGAUGAUUCAUCAUCUGAGGAGUUAAAUCACCCGAAUAACACCAUGAUUGCCGAUGUGUGGGGGCUCGGGUGCGUGCUUGAGCUCACAGGACUCAUAUAAAUUCAAGCUCCCAACCCA